GGCGCUUAGGAGCGGGCUCACUUCAGCCCUUAUUCUCCGUUAAAUCCGACGGUCCACUUUUCUGUUACGGACCUUCUUAACUUCUCCCUCCCUUCAUUCACUCAUUACCUACCUAUAAUUACAUCAUGAUCGCCCAUCUGACACGGCAGCACAGCGCACCCAUUCCCCGUCCUUACUCCCAUUGAAUUCGUAGUGAACCACAUCAAAAUGCAGGCUCCAGUAUGCCGCGAUUGCUUUACGGGUACUCUCCGUGACGACGCGACCCCUACAGGCCAUGAGGAGGUCAUCUACGGUCUCCCGACCUACGUCACUCGCCCCGAGCCCGGCGUCAAGCCCCUCGGUACUGUGGUUUUCAUCACGGAUGCCUUCGGUUGGAAACUACGCAACUCGCGGACCCUGGCAGACGCCUACGCCAAGCGCGUUCCGUGCAUCGUCUACGUGCCGGAUUUUAUGAACGGCCACGCAUUCCCCGAAUCCCUCCUCUCCGCGGUCGAACCCCCACCCACAGUCCCCCCAACAACCCUCACCGGCCGGCUCUUCACCCAUCUCCGCAGCGCCCUCACCGCCCUCCGCCUCCUCCCCACCGUCCUCCUCUUCCUCUUCCGCACCCGCCAAUCCGUCACCCACCCGCGCGUGCUCGCCUUCCUCACCGCGCUGCGCACCACCACCACCACCACCACCACCACCACCAAAGUCGGCGUCGCCGGCUUCUGCUGGGGCGGUCUGCACACCAUCCUCCUUACCCACGACGUGCCCCGCAACCGCUACCGGAUCGCCACCGCCGCCCAGCAGGGAGGGAACGAGGGCCCGGGGGAGGAGGAGCGGCCGCUGAUCGACUGCGGGUUCACGGCGCACCCGUCGCUGCUGAGCUUCCCGGCGCACAUCGAGCGGGUGGAGCGGCCGCUGAGCGUGGCGAUCGGGGACGAGGACGCGUAUGUGGGGCGGGAGAACGUGGCGUUGAUGGAGCGGGUGUUGGGGGGGAAGAAUGAGGCGGAUGCGGAGGGUGGUGGUGGUGCUGGUGCUGGUGCCGGUGGGGAUGGGGGGGAGCCUGAAGGGGUUGUGCUUGGGCGGGGGCCGAGGUAUGAGAUGGUGAUGUAUCCCGGUGCGAGGCAUGGGUUUGCGGUUAGGGGGAAUCGGGAGGAUCCGGCGCAGAGGGAGAUGGGCGAGCAGUGCGAGGACCAGGCUGUGAGGUGGUUUAGGGUGUGGUUUCGCUGAGCUGGGGUUGACGGAGGAUGGCGCGGAUGGGGGAUUAAUGCAGUUGAGGUUAUGUCGUUGAUGUGUGAGCUGGCUGUUGGUCUGGGUUUGGUAAUUACUGGUGGGAUAUGGUAGUAAAUGACCCAGCUAUAAGCACUUGUGCCUUUGAGAAUAUCGUAUGCGUUUCAUACCAUUC